AUGUCUAAUCAGAUAAACGUAUUGUUUGUAUGCCUUGGUAAUAUUUGCCGUUCUCCAAUGGCAGAAGCCGUUUUUGCAGAGACAGUCAAGCAAAAACAACUGAGCGACCACUUUGGAAAGAUUGACUCUGCUGGCACUGCAGGCUAUCAUGUAGGAAGUUCACCAGAUAAGCGCAGUGCGGCUACUUGCAGAAAGCACGGUGUUCCUAUCAACAGUGAAGCCAGAAAGGUCAAUAAGGGAGACUUUGCUCAAUUCGAUUACAUCCUUUGCAUGGACGAAUCUAACCUAGAAGAUCUUCAGCAUGCUGCUCCUAAUGGAUCUAAAGCUGUACUUAAGCUUUUUGGCGAAUUCGAUCCCAAAGGAGAACGCAUUAUUCAGGACCCUUAUUAUGGAGGAUCAGAAGGAUUUGAACAUAACUUCAAGCAGGUUGUCAGAGCAAGCGAAGGUUUCCUCAAGUCACUCAAAUUAAUCUAA